GUACUGAUAUACGGAACUGACUGGCAUCACUGCUGGGCACUGACUGGCAGCACUGACUGGCACAACCCCUGGGCACUGACUGGCGGCACUGACUGGCACAACCCCUGGGCACUGACUGGCGACACUGACUGGCAGCACUGCUGGGCUGCACUGUUGGGUGGCACUGGUGGGCACAGGUGGGUGGGCACAGGUGGGUGGCACUGCUGGGCACAGGUAGGUGGCACUUCUGGGCACAGGUAGGUGGCACUGCAGAGUGGCACAGGUGGGUGCACUGCUGGGCACAGGUGGGUUCACUGCUGGACACAGGUGGGUGAUCUGCUGGGCACAGGUGG